AUGGUAGCCAUCAUCCGCAGCAUCCUUGCGCUCGGCACGCUGGUUGCCGCCGUCACCGCCGCCUCGGUCGCACCGCGCAGCUCCAAGAUCACCUUCACCGUAUACAACAAGUGCAAGCACGAGUUUGCACCAAUCUUUUCGCCUGCGCUUCCGGGCAAGUCGUCGUGGGACGUCAUUCCAUCCGGCAAGUCGGCAUCCUUCUCGUUCUACUCGGACACCUAUCGCGGCAAGGUCUUUUCUCCCCUGCGCCAGGCCAACACUACCACAGGACAGGGCGCUACGCAGGGCGAGUUUGAUCUCGCUACGGGCGACUACGACAUCUCGGUCGCCGACGGCUUCAACGUGGGCAUGUACCUCCAGCUUCUCGGCCGCCAGUACGCCGGCUACUGCCAGGCGGCCAUCUGCAGCUCGGCUGACUGCAAGGACGCAUACAAGAACAGCAGCGGCCUCUUGUCAGCCAACAGGGUCGGUUCGCGCACCACUAAACCCAACCAUAGCUGCCCAGUUACAUUCACCACUUGGAACGUCCAGUUCUGCUGA